AUGUCAUCGAUCCGUGUGGUUCUUAAAGAGCAGGCGGUUUGGAAGGAGUUCAACUCGAAAACCACCGAAAUGAUUGUGACAAAGAAGAAAGGACGCGUCCUGUUUCCGCACUUGGACUACGUGAUCAGCGGGCUGGAUCCGAAGGCGCUCUAUCGAAUUCAUUGUCAUCUGGAGCGAGUCGACAACAUCAAGUGAGUUUUAGACUUAAAGGAGAUCGGUCACUACAAAAGAACGCCAAAAGUUACAUUAGGUUGCAGUAAAUAUGGCCUGAUUUAGGACUUAAAAGCACUUUUCUUCGUCGCUUUCUUAAUGGAUACUUAGGGACCGCAACGGGUUUCACGAAACUCCCAAUUUUCAUAAAAUUUUUGUUGGAAUGUGUUCCCCUACUCUAUAUGAGUACGCUCCCAAUUUUUUUUUCCAAAAUUUUCGGUACAUCCCGAGUUACACCCAUUCAAAGUUGGCCUGUUUUCUCCCCGGUCGGCGGCAGAGGAGGGGGCGGAGUCUCGCCUGCAAGUCCGCCGCACGCGUUUUUCGCCUCUGUUUGGUGGCUGAAACCAAAAAGGCAACAUAUAAAUUGAAGAAAAAUGAUGUUCUAAAAAAGCAAAACAUCUUUCAAGGUCAAAAGUUUCGAACCCGACACCUCCAGACUGCCGAGUGAGCACUCUGCCACUGCGCCAAACGGGUGGGGGCGCGCCGACCAACAAUGGCAUUGAGAACGUCGGUUUGCGCGGCCCCCUUCCAGGUGUGACAUCAGUGGUUUUUAACACACAAAUCCAAAACUGUAACUGUUUACAGUCACUUAAAAAAAAACGGAGAAUUAGAAAAUUGAAAAUUUUAGCAUGAAUCGAUCGGAAAUUGGAUGCUGAAUCCGAUUUUGUAAAAAUUAGCCGCGUGUCAGGUACCUGUGACGGCUAAAUCCCCCGAAAACUGAAAUUUCGGCGAAACCGGCUCCACUCAAAUGAACAGAAAAGUGCUCACAGGGGGUCUAGGGCUCUGAAAAUUUAUAUUUGAGUUCUCAGAGAAAUUAUCUAUAGAUUCCGAAAAUAAAAAAGUAUGGUCAUCGCUGAAAUUUUUUCACAACUUUUUGUGCCAGUUUGAGGGCCUGUAAAAAAAAACGGAGAAGACGAAAUCUGAUUUUUAUUUCAAAAACGGAUUCCCCAUCACUUAAACUGUAAAUUAACUAAAAAUUAGCCGCGUGUUGCACAAACUCCGGCCACACGAGCUCUCAGACUGACUUCCAUUUUCGUUUUCGCCGUUUUUUAGAAAAACGGUGCGUUUUCACGGGAAACUGAGUUGUUCAUUGGAUUCAGCAUGGUCGAUUACAUAAUGUAAAUCAUUUUGAGUAUGGUACUUCAUUUGUGGACCUCGGUACAUGGCCUCAAACAUGCGCGCGCGAAACUUGGGAGAAAAUUCGGCAGGCCACGCCCCCUUUGUUGCGCCCCCUACUGGAUACUGUUUAGACAUGAGCUCAUAACAAAAUAUUAAACUACAAAGUUGUUAAAGGACCAGGGAACCCAAAAAUUUUUUUGAUUUUUUUGUGAAAUGUUUUUGUGACUGUUUGAAUUGUCUCUUAUUGCCUCAUACACUGGUGAAAUGCUGCCUCUCAAAAAUUCCAAUGAACGAAACGGCAUGCAGUUAAAGUUGUGGCCGUGGUCUAGCGCCAAUGGCCGAAAAAUAUAUAAAAAUAUAUGCGCUUCUCGGCCAUUUUAUUUUUUCCGCUUUUUUACCGGUUUUUUCCAAAAAUUCACGGUUUCUCCCAUUUUUCAGUUGAUUGACAUUUGUUCGGCACUUCGGCACUUACUUAUUUUUUCACUGCUAAAAAAUUGUUUUCAUUCAGUCGAUAUGAAGUGCCAAAAUGGGAGAAACCGUGAAUUUUUUUGGAAAAAAACCGGUAAAAAAAGCGGAAAAAUGGCCGAGAAGCGCAUAUAUUUUUUUAUAUUUUUUUCGGCCAUUGGCGCUAGGCCACGGCCACAACUUCAACUGCAUGCCGUUUCGUUCAUUGGCAUUUUUGAGAGGCAGCAUUUCACCAGUGUAUGAGGCAAUAAGAGACAAUUCAAACAGUCACAAAAAAAUUUCACAAAAAAAAAUAUAAAAAUUUGGGUUCCCUGGUCCUUUAAAUUUAGAAAUUACAACAACUAUUCAGUUGACCACUUUUUGAAAUAUUGGAUGUACUUACUAUUGGUGCUCAUCCCUUCCUUUUUCAGAUACAAAUUCGACCACUGUGAAUGGCAAGAGGCGGCGAAAGGAGACCCACCAAUCACGCCAAUCCGUGUCGAGCAUCCGGACGGAGCGCGUCCCGGCGAGCACUGGAUGCGCGAUGCGGUCUCGUUCGCCUCGCUCAAGAUCACGAACGAUCCGCAGAACGAGAACAGACGGCUGAUUCUGGUGCAGAGCAUGCACAAGUACCUGCCGGUCGUCACGAUCACCCGAUUCGACAACGCUCGCGCCGAGGAGUUCCGCAUCCGGGAGACCGAGUUCGUCGUGGUGACCGCCUAUCAGAGCGACGAGAUGAUCAAGCUCAAGGUGGCGCACAACAAAUUCGCGUCGGGAUUCAGGCAGACGGGCGGCAAGCGUCGACUUUCGGACGAAUCGGAGGAGAACGAGCCGCCGAAGAGACGGCCUGACUCUGUCCACUCUUCCACGUCGUGCGGAUCUUCGGCCACCGUGUCGCCGAUCGACUGGGAACAGCAGCAGCAGCCACAGGGAUACGGUAUGGCGAUGCCGAUGCCGAUGAUGAUGAACUUGAACGCGCAGAACUACUGGGGACAGUACUGGAAUCAGUGGAACUAUCAGAUGAAUCCGAUGAACUUCCAGAACUUUCAAUGGAACAAUAACAAUAAUAACAAUAACAAUUCGAUAAUUCCUCCGUUCGCACCGCAAAACGAGACUCCGAACGGCACACCGUUUCAAAACUUGUGA